AUGAGGCUGGGGCCCUGCUCAUUCACAGAAAUGAGAGUAUUCCGGCCUGGAGCCACACUGCUAGUGAAUGCCUUCAAGCUGCUUUUGAGCGCUCGGACUCCCCUCCGCCGAGGCCUGCACACCCCUCCCUCGCUGCCCAGGGUGGAGCAGCGGGCCAGAGGGACACAGGGAGUGCUGUCUUCCUCUCAGAAGAGGUCGGCGAGUGGUAAAGGUCAGAGUCCUGUGGUCUGGGGGUGGUUUUGUGCUCAAGAGGGAAAAGGGGACCCUGGGGCGAGGCUUGCAUGUCCCUUGCUCUUUCCGGGGUGGCGACGGGUCCUGAAGCAGCGGGGAGGCAGUGCCGAGGAGUUGCUAACGCGGCUGCCGCACUCUCGGAUCUUAAGACGCCCGCUCCGGUCGCCGCGUCUCUGCUCCACCAGCGUCUCAGCCGCCGGGAGGUGGCGGGCGGGCGCUUUGUCGGGGUUGAAACGUCUGAGAUUGGAGAGCACACUCCCCCUCCCACCCCCGCGCCGAAUGAGCGUGUGCGGGAGGAACGAUUGUGUGUGCGCGCGUGAUUCGCUACACUUCCAGUGGCCGUUCCCAGCCAGACCGAGCGGCCCCAGCCCCGCGCAGCGCAGACUUACCUGGCCCAGCUCUGUGCAAAACUUCGACGUUUCACCACAAUUCGCUCUCCUGAACUUCCUCUCAUUGUCAGCCCCAGAACAUUGAGGCUGGGGUCCUCUUGAGCUCACUCUGGUCUAGCAGAGACUUUUUGAAACAUUUUGCUUUUGCAAAUUCUUGUUGCUUUCAUUGUUGUGAAGUCACCUGUGCCACUGGAGCUGAUGGAAGCUCAGAACUGGUCUGUGUGUGAAGCUAAUGACACAAUGCACAUGCUUUGGGAAUGACACUGCAGUGGAAGGACUCUUAGAACUCAAAGGAACAGUUAAUAAAUCCAGUGUUCUUCAGUUAA